GUUUGAGAUAGAAUAUGUGAUACGUUUAACAAUAUAGAAUCAGAAACAUGAUAGAUAAAACUUCAGUAAAACAUAAAUAUGAAGAUAAAUUCGUAUUUUAGUUUGCUAUGGAUUUGAAAUGAAUAUGGAUUUUGUGAAGUAUUUCUUGUCGUGUAUCGAAAGUGAAAGUAAUAUGGCGGUAAAUCUGAAGAAGAGAAAAUUGAGUUUGAAAGUUCAGAAAAGCAAGACUCUUACAUCAACAAGUUUGAUAAAUACUAGUGUCGACAACACGAACAAGAAUGAUAAAAGUGUCACUGUGGUUGAAACUAAAAGUGAAAACUUCAAUCCAGAAGAUUCAGGAAAUAGUGUACAAAAUCCAGAAGAAAUUGAAGAAAACGUAAGAGAUGACACAGCAUAUUUGAUAGAGUUUGCAAACAAGCUGAAACCCCUUCCACAGUUAGGUGAGGGGCUUGAUAAAGUGAGACUGGUGGAAGCCAAUACAGACAAUUCUCAUACAAAUGGCAAAGAAGAUGCAUCACAUGAAUCUAGUAUUGAAGGGAUACAUUUCAAAUGGACACCAUUGCCACCUCCAUGUUACAAAUGUACAUUCUUGAGGAAGACUCAUCACAAUAGCCACCACUAUGACUCUAAAAUCCAUGCCAUAGAAAAUUCCAGUGCAUCUACUAGUAUGACGGCUGACCCAUAUCCUGGUGCUUUGAGUCCAACUCCUAGUCACAAUAUACAUAUUGAUAAAGACAAAAAUAACUCUCAUGAAGAUAUAGAUAGCAAUGUCACUGACACUCAUAAGCAAGAAGAUGCCAAAGCAGGGCAUCCACACAUUAGUCCACACAAAGAUGAUAUGUUAUUGCAGAACUGUCCACUGUGUGGUCUUGGUUUUCCUCGUGAAAGGGGUGAGUCAACAGGUCAAAAUUACUUUUGGGUGAACCAAAUGGAGAUUGAUAGUCACAUAGCAACAUGUCUUGCUUCAGCUGAUGAUGAUACAAAUUGGUGAAUUGUGAUAAACAAACGGGUGAUAUAGUGAUACAAGUACAUGGAAACGCAAACUGAAACAACUUGCUUCAUCAAGCUUCGGACCAGUCCUCAGAACGUAGUAGAUUGAGCAUAGGAACCGAUGAUGUACUGAACCCUCAAUGGAAAUACUUCAAGACAAGACAAGAAGUUGAAACACCCAUGUAGUUAAAAAUUCAUUCUAUAUUUAUGAUGUAAAUUAGCUUUGUGAUAAGACGAUUAUAUUUUGAACUGGAUCCUUUUUGAACUGACAUUUAGACUCAACUUUAAUGCCUCAUAUCUGCGUCAUAUCUGCUCACCAGAUAGAAACCCAGAAAUUCAUGAAAGUACAUUUGUAAAUCUUAAUUUAUAAAAUAGAUGGCAACAAUGAAUUUUCAGUUAUGGAAAAUAGACUCAUGGGCUUCAAAGAGAGGUAUAGGAAACUGUUCUAAGACUUGUCUUUGGAGAUUUUAGUUUAACAAAAUUCAUAUGGUUUAGGUUUAUGAUGUGCUGUCCUAUCAGAUGAAAGGGGUGAAAAAGAUUUUGAUACGAGUUAAGAAAAGAAUUGCAUGCAUUCUGAAUAUUUGUGAAAUGAAAUGGUAGAAGGAAAUAUAGGAUUUUCUAUACACAAAUGAAAAAUGUGUAUUUUGUAAUAAAUGUGCUUGUUGAAUAUAAUGGAGGGCUAUUAUGUAAGCAUUCAAAAUUUUUCUCAAUCUUGUGAUAAUUGAACAUACACAAAAUGUCAUUAGAAUUACACACAAGCUCAGAUAUGAUAUCCAUGCCCCUAGUAGCUGUAUUGAGAAGUAAUUAUAGGGUGAGACCAUUGAGUCAAUGGAAGAUUCAUAUCCAUUUCUUCAAGUCCAUAAUAAUUGCAGUCGUUGGCCUGCUAGGCUGAUAGCCAGUGUGGUUAUCUAUGGAAUUAACACAAUCUCACAACAGUUAGAUCAAUACCUGUCUCAAGGUUUUUGAUAAGUCUAUUCUACAUUUAUCUGUGUGCUAUCAAUGAAGACAAAAUAUUAAUCACACGAAGGAGACCGUUCUUGCAGUCUGGAUGAUGCUGUGUGGUAAAUCUCUCUUCAUACAUCCAACCUCAGGGAAUUACGAUUUAAUCAUUAUAGACUAAUAUUGGCUUCAUAGUAAAGACAGUUAGAGGAGAAUUCAAUUUUCCACAUACUUGGGUCGAAUCAGUUCACGUCAUUCAGACGUUAUUUUGCCAACGAAUCUCAGGAGGGAUAGAGUGAAGUCCUCAGUCUGUCUAUAUGUCUGUCAACCAGUUCAUUUAGCUCACUAAUGUUCAAUGUACCAAUAAACCAAUAAUCCUCCAUGGAGUCACUGUUUUCUAGUU